GUAAAAUAUUUUAAAAGUUAACUACGCUAAUGAUUCUCACGGAAAUCACCAUCGUACGAAAGUUACGACCUAAACGUACCAUGUUGUGUUAGAGUCGGCUUAAAGUUUGCCCGGUAAACUAAUUUAAGCGUUUGCGGGCGUUAAUGGACUGCAGGAUAGUGUACCUAUAGAACUUUGUGCAAACAACGGACAAAUCGGACCCAUUGAUUCGUAAAUUGUGACGUAGCAUUGUUCGUAUAAAAGUUUAGUGUAUUGUGUAGUGUUUGGUAACAUUUCGAAGGACAGAAGAGUCGCGAUGUCGACCUGUGUAGUGGAGGAAGGUCGUGACGAAGGUGGCGGUGAAAAUGUGGCUUGUGAUGAGUUAAUAGUGGAAGUGCUACCCGAACGUCCCCGACGCGAUGUGCUUGUGAGCGCGCGCGGCCGGCGAGCAUGCUCGGAACAAGGACCUCACCCAUCAUCACAUCUUCAUAUGCAACAUGGAACAUCGCACCUGUGGGGAGCUAACAGCGGACGACGCGGAUGGAGUCGCAAGCGGACGUCGGCGCCGCAGAUGGGGAACACGCAAGGCUCGAUGCCGCGCGUCGCACUUGUCCUCAGAUCCCGCCGCAGCUGGCCGGUUGCGCCUCAAUCUUAUCGCAGAUGUAAUAUGAAAACAGAAUUUGAGAUGAAACAAGAUUUUGUACGCGCUGCUAUAAAAAUAUCUACAAGUUCUGAUUUCUAUUUAGUACCUAUAUAA